AUGAACAAAAGAACGUCCCUUACGUUUCUUACCAUCGCAGUAUCUCUUACCCUAUGCUUCGCGGACCUCUGCCCGAAGUUCGAAUGCGGCGAGGGUACGUUUCGGCGAGGCAAGUUCAUUGACGUCACAGCAGCAGAUCGUACGGAGGGCUCCACACGCUUCCUGGUCGAGGCGUUCUUCACGGCGACGCAGAUGUACAACUACCUCGAGUUCAAUGUAACGGGAGAUGAAACGCUCGCGCACCCCGAGGUCGAGUGUCAUCGCUACUGCUCCGCGUACAACGCGCAACUUCGUAACAAGGUCCCCGAGCUGGAGGCGAAAUACUGGAUGUUCGAACAAACGUGCGAAGAGGGCAACGGAGGGAUCUGCACGUGCUUCAACGCGGACGCGUGCGUGGACGAGUGGAGCUUCAGCCCCGCGUGGAUGGAGCCUGCGGAGGGCCUGGGCACGGACCGCGUCGAGCCGGCUUCCAACUGGACCGUUGGAUCGCUCUGCACCGCCAACGAAAAGGGAGACCCGCAUUUCACAGGCGCCGACGGCUCGCAUUUCGACUUCAGCGGCCGGCCCAAUCGCAAUUACGCGCUAAUAUCCGACGCCCACGUCCAGGUCAACGCGUUCUUCGGCGGGCGCUACGGCGUUUGGGCCAAUCACGCGAAGGCGCUGACGUGGAUUAGAUCUCUCGCCGUCAUGACCGGCCACCACCUCCUCAUCUUAGACGCACGCCGCGGCGCCUCUGCGGAAUACGGCGACGGCUACUUAGCUCGUAUGGUAGUUGACGGCAGAGUUAGGGAGUUAGACACCCCUGGAACUAGCGUCCAUCUUUGGCCGGGAGCGGAGCUAGCGUGGGUUGUGGGGGGGAAGCGAGACGGGAACGAUCUGAUCGACGUGUACGAACUGAGAGUGGCGAAUGUGGUAACCCUUCGCGUCACGCUACGACCGGAAAUCGCGGCGAUGCGCACGGCGACGGAUGGGACAGUGCACAUGUCGAUCGGCGUGGAUUGGGCGAGCCUUUCGCCCUCCGUGCACGGCGUGUUGGGGCAGACGUUCCGACCUGACUUCAUCGGACGGCUAGCCCAGCAGCAGCUAGUGCACAGCGAUGUAUUACACGAGGACGUGGUGCCAGGGGACAACGCGGAGGGCUUCAUAGACGGCACGGUCAAGGACUACCAGGUGUCAGCACUCAGCAAGGCGGACUGCCGCUUCUGCCGCUUCGCCCGCGCACAACUGGUAGAUGAGGAGAUGGCACGGGCGCUCGAGCUGACGGGAGGGUUCUUGCACGCAGGUGUAGGGGUGGUGGGCGGUGGUGGGUACGGCAUGAAAUUGCGAGGCGGGCCAUUCUCUUCAGGGGAGGCUCUGUUGAUGGAUGCGGAGUGA